AUGCUUCACGCUGGGAGUCAACGCUGCAGUGAACAGCGCUUGGGGGCUGGUGGUCAAGAAUAUGUCCUUUUAGUUGAUGUACGCAGUUCUUGUCUGCAGAAAGGCUCGGUGUUGCACAUUCGUAAGCAAGAAGCGCUGGAAUGUCUGCAUCGCGUGGGUCGUAUCGAAAAUGCCAUCUAUGGUGGGGAAAACGAGAUGGAAUUUAAAUGGAAGUCUCUUCCAUGGUUGGCUAUAGAGUUUAUCAGUCUUACAAAAUCGCUGGAAAAUGAGGUCGAGUACUUGUCGGAGUUUGAAGAAACAAAGUGUAGACGUCUCACGUCUGCAACUCACCCUCACUGCACAAGUCAUCGCCGGCUCAUCCGUCUCCACUAUGAAUCUCACAUGAACUGUUCGAAAAAUUUGUUGGUGAUCCCAAGCACUCCCCUCCCCGAUGCAACAUCAUGCAGCCCUUCCACAGGCACUAUCUCAUUCACCUUGUUCAGUCUACCCAGAACUUCGUUCUUGCGAAGUUUGACUGGUUCUCGCCUUCAUCGAGUUGCGGAACGUGGACAAGGCUAUAUUUCGGAAGCAACACUUUUAGUAUCUACGAGGUUGAUUGGCAUCUACAAGGUAGUCAAAGUGGCACUCGACUAUGUCAAUUGGCGCAUUCACCUGAGCCUUGACGUCGACACACUCGAUCCGAGUUUUGCGCCUAACGCGGGAGCACCAGUGCGCGGUGGCCUUACAGGACACUACAUCUUGGAGGUGAUUCAUAAGACUGGGUUUCUCGUCGCGCUUAACUUAAUGACGCAGAUCGCUUGUGGAGGUGGAGAUACUGUAAUAUGGGGUGCUCAGUCAAGAGCACAAUAA